AUGGUAAAUAUCGAAAAGCUCAAGUUCCACAUCCUAGAAGUGAGUGGAAACAAUUAUUUGUCCUGGUACCUUGAUGUUGAGAUGCAUCUUCAAAGGCAAGGUCUUGCUAAUGCAAUUAUUAUAUAUGGAAACGCAAAUGACAAAGAUAAAGCGAAUGCUUUGAUUUUUAUUCAUCGUCAUUUGCAUGAGAGCUUGAAAACUCAAUAUUUAUCUGUCCGAGAUCCUCAAAUACUGUGGACGAGAUUGAAAGAGAGCAGCAAUACCGGUAGCUAUCAAUUUAAGACGUACUCGGAGUUGAUUUCUGUCCUCUUGACUGCCAAGCAAACUAAUGAACUAUUGCUCAAAAAUCAUGAUCUUAGACCUGCUAGCUCAAAAGCAUUGCUUGAAGCAAAUGCUAGCUUUGGUAAAAGUACUGGCAGAUUUAAUGGCCGUGACCACAGGCUAGUGCAUAACCCACGAAAUGGUGGCAGAAGAUAUAAGCACCCCAGGCAAAUUAAUCUUGACUUGAAUCAUGAUAACGGCAAGAAGCCUAAGAAUGAGCAUGAUGAAAGUCCUGUUGGGAUUAUUGAUGGCUUAGGGAAUGCCACAAUCGUUCUACCAAAUGGCACCACUUUGCAUAUUGAGGAUGCAUUGUUGAGCAGUAGAUCGAAGAAGAAUCUACUUAGUUACAAAGAUGUACGCCGUACUGGGCACCAUCUUGAGACAAUUGAUGAGCAAAAUAAAGAAUUUCUUUGCAUCACCUCUUAUAAGAUGGGCCAGAAGACCAUCCAUGAGAAGUUGGAAGCUUCAACUAAAUGA